AUGUUCUUGAGAGUUACUCCGAUAACUUGUGCCGGUCGUGCAUUGAAGUCUAAUAAGCUUAUGCUGCGAUUCGUUAGUAUGUUUCAGAUCCCUCGAAGAGUAAGAGAGAUGGCCUACCGAGUGGCAUUGCUGCCAUAUAUUUCUAAUCAGUCUCAUGUGAUCCAGUUGGAUGAUGUACAAGUUAAAGAGAACUUGACCGUCGAGAAUUUGCCAUUAAGGAUUGAGGAUCGUGAAGUGAAACACUUACGAGGCAAGGAGAUCGCUUUUGUGAAAGUUGUUUGGGGAGGUUCUACUGGUGACAGUGUGACGUAG